AUGGCCGAAAUCGGGGCUCCUACGAAAACGCUUAUAGCUCCUGAAUGGAACAAGCUAGGAAGAAAUGUUCCAAAAGAUAUGAAAAAUAAUAAAAUAUUAAAAGAUAUAUUUUCUGGAUUAAAUAAUCAAUAUUUAGAAUUAAUUAAACAUUUAUUAGACUAUUCACAACUAAUUACAAUGAUAAAAAAAUAUGAUUUAUAUAGUCAUAAUGGUCGACGACAUUUUUUGGAAUUAUGA